AUGGUUCGGAUUACUGAGGAGUUGGUCCGCAGACGAGCAGAACACAAUGAGGGUGAAAUAUGCACUCUGGAAGAAUUAGCUCUUCAUCAACAAAAUAUCGAAAAAAUUGAAUUUUUAAAUAAUAACUGUAAAAAUCUGAGGAUUUUGUAUCUGCAAAAUAAUCUCAUUUCGAAAAUUGGUAUGAUCCUCUUUGUCUCAUUGUUUUCCGCUGAAAAUGUUAAUCGUUUAAAGGAACUUGAAUACCUCAAUUUAGCUCUAAAUAACAUUGAAACCAUCGAGAACCUAGAAGGUACAUGCGUGUCUUUAGUGUUAUCCAUAGGCUGUGAAUCUCUAAGAAAACUGGAGCUUACUGUAAAUUUCAUUGGUGACCUGACCAGCGUAGAUAACCUAAUUAAUUUGGAAUCCCUUGAAGAGCUGUACCUCAAGCUGCAUUUACUCAUGUUCAAAGGAAUAUGUGAUUGCUACUUUGCCUCAAUUGAAAGUAGCUCGAAUUUUCCCCAAUUGUCGAAGGUACUAGAUGGAGAAGAAGUCGGAAAAUCUGAACGCAUUAUUGCUUUCCAAAACCUUUCAAGGCACUACAAAACUAUAUUAAACUCACAGAAAGAAUACUUCUGCAAAAGGGUAUGCAGACUUUUGCUUGCUCAUGUCCAGGCCAUUGAGAGAGCUCAGGCGCAGGGACGGAGAGAAACACUUCUGAAAAAGUUGGAAGAAAAUAAUGGGUAA